GUGUGCAAAAGCAGCAGGUUCGGUCUGGAAAGUGUUGUGGAAAAAUCUAGCAAUUUUGGCAGAAUAUUCAACCGUGUUGCGAUUCGCAAUCCUUUCCGCCGGGAAUGGUACGUCGCGUGAGAUAGAAAGCCACCGCGAAAGUGGUCAUCCAACUGCGAAAAAGUGAAAAAGAAAGUAGUUGGUGCUCGGUUUCUUGAAGUUGGAAGCAGUGGAAAAAUAAAAUUCCGACCGCCAGAGUGACAGCUGAACCUUCCAGACAGAGAGAUAUCGUCGCUUGCCGUCCCUUUCGGUCCCAUUCAUAUCUGUAUACAUCGGCUGCUGCAGCAGUUCGGUGCUCGAGCUCGUGGUGUUUGUUGAUUCGGAAAGUGCAACAGUGUGCGUGAGUGUGACUGUGUUUGACAGUCCAAAACGGCAACAACAAUAAACCUCCUGAUCGCAUCGUAGCAGUAUUGUCAUCUGCUUCGCUUUGCUUGCAUCGCCGAAAAGAAUUUUUCGAUUGUUGUGCAUCGGGAAAAAAAGACCAACUAGUUAAACCAGUGCGCGUCCACAAAACUUGGUCACAAUUUCGAAACGUAAGGUAGAACCGUUCGGUACCGGUGGUGGAGGCGGCGGUGGCGGAAGCAGCCGUGAUCUUAGCGGAAAACGAUUAAAGCUGAUCGCAGCAGGAAGGGGAACGGGAGGCAAAUCGAAAGCGGAAGAAGAAGUACCGCUGGCAAACGCUAUGAAUCUGACCGAACUCGAUCGGAAACGGGCAAAUUUUUCAGCACUUAGCAAUACCAACGGGGCGGUCAUCAAGAUGACGACUAAUGCGGGCACAGGAAAACCGGGCGAUAUCAAGAAAAUUGUCAUCAAAAACUUCAAAGCGAAACCGACGCUCCCGGAUAACUACCAGGAGCACACAUGGCAGAAGCUCCGGGCGGCGGUGGUCGCCAUCCAAACGUCCACACCGAUCGAAUACUCGCUGGAGGAACUGUACCAAGCCGUGGAGAACAUGUGCAGCCACAAGAUGGACUCGCAGCUGUACGUCAAUCUGACGGCCCUGGCAGAACAGCACGUCAAGGCCAAUAUUACGCCGUUCCUCGCCGAGUCGGUCGACAAGCUGGUCUAUCUGAAGAAUAUGAACGAAUGCUGGCAGUCGCACUGUCAGCAGAUGAUCAUGAUUAGAAGCAUCUUCCUGUAUCUGGACAGAACCUAUGUACUGCAGAAUCCGACGGUUCACUCGAUUUGGGACAUGGGACUGGAACUGUUCCGGGACCAUAUAGCGAUGAACACACUGGUGCAGGCUAGGACAGUGGAGGGGAUUCUGAUGCUGAUCGAGAAGGAGCGAAACGGUGAUGCGGUCGAUAGAACUCUCCUGAAAAGUCUGCUCAGAAUGUUGUCCGACUUGCAGAUCUACAAGGAAGCGUUCGAACAGAAGUUCCUCAUUGCAACGAAGCAUCUGUACCAGUCGGAAGGACAGGCCAAGAUGGAAGAACUGGAAGUUCCUGAAUAUCUGCUGCACGUCGAGAAGCGGUUACAGGAAGAAAACGAACGUAUUCUUCACUAUUUGGACAGCUUCACGAAGCAUCAGUUGAUCGUCACCGUAGAGCGACAACUCAUUACGGAACACCUUACCGGCAUCCUACAGAAAGGCCUAGAUCUACUGCUGGCAGAGAAUCGCCUGUCCGAUCUCAGUCUGCUAUAUUCGCUCUUUUCACGCGUCAAAAACGGAACAGUCGAACUGUGUGCAUCGUUCAAUGCCUACAUAAAAAAGAAGGGUCGCACAAUCGUCAUCGAUCCGGAGAAGGACAAAUCUAUGGUACAGGACUUGCUAGAUUUUAAAGACAAACUGGACAACAUUGUCAUCACGUGCUUCGAGCGAAAUGAUAAAUUCGUCAAUUCGCUCCGAGAAGCGUUCGAGUUCUUCGUCAACCAGCGCUCGAACAAACCGGCGGAACUGAUUGCCAAGUAUGUGGACAUGAAGCUGCGUGCCGGCAAUAAGGAAGCCACAGAGGAGGAAUUGGAACAGAUCCUGGACAAAAUCAUGGUUCAGUUCCGGUUUAUCCACGGUAAGGAUGUGUUCGAGGCGUUCUACAAGAAGGAUUUGGCCAAACGAUUGCUCGUGGGCAAAUCUGCUUCCGUCGAUGCCGAGAAGAGCAUGCUGUCGAAGUUGAAGCAGGAGUGCGGCGGUGGGUUCACUUCCAAGCUUGAGGGCAUGUUCAAGGACAUGGAACUGAGUAGGGAUAUCAACAUCGCAUUUAGACAGCACAUGGCCAAUUCGGAGCACAAGGACCUGCAAAGCCUGGACCUGACGGUCAACAUCCUAACAAUGGGCUUCUGGCCGACAUAUCCGGUAGUGGAGGUCACCCUGCCUGAGGAACUGCUACAAUACCAGUCGGUGUUCAAUAAGUUCUACCUGGCGAAACACAGUGGCCGGAAACUGCAGUGGCAACCGACGCUGGGGCACUGCGUACUGAAGGCGCGGUUCGAUGCGGGACCCAAAGACCUGCAAGUGUCACUGUUCCAGGGACUGGUCCUGCUACUGUUCAACUAUAAUUUGACCAUAUCGUUUGAGGAUAUUAAGGCAGCCAUCAAUAUAGAGGACGGUGAAAUGCGCCGCACGCUUCAAUCGCUUGCCUGUGGCAAAGCCCGUGUGCUCACCAAGAUCCCCAAAGGACGCGAAGUGGAGACCAACGACAAGUUCCAGUUCAACAAUGAGUUCACGAAUAAACUCUUCAGGAUUAAAAUCAACCAGAUCCAGAUGAAAGAAACGACGGAAGAACAGAAAGCAACCGAGGAACGUGUCUACCAGGAUCGGCAGUACCAGAUCGAUGCCGCGAUCGUGCGCAUCAUGAAGAUGAGGAAAACGCUCAGCCACAAUCUACUCAUCAGCGAGCUGUACAAGCAGCUAACUUUCCCUGUUAAGCCGGCCGACCUGAAGAAGCGAAUCGAAUCCCUGAUUGACCGUGACUACAUGGAACGGGACAAGGACAACCAAAAUCAAUACAACUAUGUUGCUUAAGUCUCUAGAACCACGACAACAACCGUUCCAGGAUGGGAAAUGAGUAGACAAAAAAUACACACAACACACGAAUCGAAUUGCCCCUUCCCCACUAGGGAAAACUUGUUUCAUCCAUCAGAGGUCUUUCGGGGUUAUUUCAACAACCCCACUAGGAGCCUACUUCAGGGAACGACGCCCACGUACUGACGAACCUCACCUUCAGUGUAAAAGUGUACCACAGUUAGAACUCGAAAAGCAACAGUGCUGUUACACACUGAGAAAAAUCAUCUUUUGUAAAUACUUUGAAUCAACAGUAAGGAAGAAGAAAAACAUGUUUGCUAACGUUAACAACCGAAAUGGCAAGAAAGUGAAAGGUCCCCUACUAGCAAUUCUUUGGAACUAAUUUAAAGAACAAAAACAAACCAAUAGAAAAGGAAAACAAUCUUGAACAUGCUGUAAUAGAAGAAAAUCUGCCGGAAGAAUAAAAAUUCACUAAAAAUA